GCCUUUUUACUUGUUUGGAACAAAUUUGACUCCUCUUUUCUCUCACUAGUCAGCACCAUCUGUCUCUUUGUGAAAAAUCUCUGAUGCAUUUGCAGCACUCUCUCUCUCUCUCUCUCUCUCAUAGGUUGUAUUCCACACUCUUAAAUUUUUCCUAUUAAUUUAAGUAUGGAACAACAACGAAUCGUACACAAACUUACAUUACCAAAGCCAAAGAAAUGCCAUCAUCUCUUCCUCGAGCCCCUCUCUCUCUCUCUCUCCAUUUUAGGGUAGGGUAAGAAACUAGACAAGAAUGACCUGCAUUUCUUACUUUCCAUUCUGUUGCAGAAGAGAAAGAGUAGAACACCAAAACAAAGCAUCAUCCUUUUUUCUUCAGUCUUCAUAGGUUUUCAUUUUCCCCUCUUUUAUUCCCUUUCUGGGUGAAAAAACGUCUCCUUUUACACCGACUCCACCUUUAACUCCAUUUUCUUCCUUGUGUCUGUGUUUCAAGAGAGAGAGAGAGAGAGAGAGAGAGAGUGGUGAAGCCAUCUUCUUCCUUUUACCAGAUGUGCCACUUUUCACAUUCUUGAAAUCAUGAAAGUGGAAAGGAGAUGGGUUACAUGGGUCGCAUUCUUGAAAGUCAUCUUCGUGUCUUCGGACAAAAUCCCUCUUUUUAAAUGCCCAAAUACGAAGAGGGCUGUUCCUCAAAUGUCUUAAAUCCCACUAAAAAAGUCCAUAAAAAUUCAAUCUUGCCACAACCCCACCACAUUUUUUUUGUUUUUCACUUGUAGAAACCACCUUUUCUUUAUGUAGUAAGUAGCCCAUCUUUCCCACAACCUUGUUUAGGAGAGAGAGAGAGAAUGGGGUGCGUAGCAUCAAGAUUGGAGGAGGAAGAGGAGGUAGUCUCAAUUUGUAGAGAGAGAAAGCGGCAGCUCAAGCUGGCUGUAGAGAGAAGGUAUGCCCUAGCAGAUGCUCACUACAGAUACUGCAAAUCAUUAUCUGGUGUCUCAGCAGCCAUAAACCUCUUUGUCACACGCCAUUCUUCACCAAAUGCACCAUACUACAUCACAUUCCCUCCUCACUCUCCCACAAAAGAAAAAGUGGUUUCAAACCCUCUCUUUCUUCAGCAAGCACCCUCUGAGCCCACAAAACAAACCAUCAAUGCAUGUGACUCCUGCAGCAGCUCCUCAAUCAGCUCUGUUUCCUCUGAGGAGGAGGAGAGAGAGAAACAAGCAGGAGAGGAGAAAUGCAGCUACUUCUACAUGGACAUGCCUCUGCCUCAGACUCAGACUCAGACAACAAUGGCAAUGGCUUCACCUCAGAGAGAUUUUGGGUGGGAUUUCUUCAACCCUUUCAACAAUGUGGCAAGGCCAGAAAUGAUGAGUGUUUACAACAGGAUGUCUGAGGAGGAAGUGAGGGCUGUGAGGGAGCAGGAGGGCAUCCCUGACCUUGAGGAUGAAGAGGGAGAGAGAAUGGGAGGAGAGAGAGAGGGAGAAACAGCCAAUGUGGAGGAGGAGAAGGGGCAUGAGAUUGAGACUGUCAAGGCUGUGGAGAUGGAGAGAGAGAAUGGAGAGAAGGAGAAAGGGUUGAGUGUUGUGGAUAAACAGGUUGAAGGGAGGGAGCUGUUGGAGGCUUUGAAGGAUAUUGAAGAUCAUUUCGUUGUAGCUUAUGAUUCUGGUAAGGAUGUUUCUAGAAUGCUGGAGUGCAACAGGGUGCAUUUGCAGUCUAAUAUUGAUGAGAUAAAAGAGAACUCGACAAAGUUGAUCCAAGCCAUCACGUGGAAGUCUGCUUCUUCGCGCUCAUCAUCUUGUAAGAGCUUGGUCGCAUCUGGUUCCAAGAGUUCCUCGACUUGGACAGAGUUCAGCAACGACCUCUUUGACGACUACGGAGGAAUGACUUCUGGAAGCCAUUCACUCACCUUAGGAAGGCUGUAUGCGUGGGAAAAGAAACUAUACGACGAGGUUAAGAAUGGAGACAGCAUCCGUAAAAUAUACGAGAGGAAAUGCAACCAGCUUCAAAAUCAAGACGUUAGAGGUGACGAAGGGCUUACAGUUGACAAGAGCAGAGCAGCAGUUAAAGAUCUCUACAGCAGGAUCCUCGUGGCCAUACGUAGUGCUGAAACGAUCUCUAAACAGAUCGAGAAGCUGAUAGAGGAGGAGCUCGAGCCACAGAUACGAGAGCUACUUCAAGGUAUGACAGGAACAUGGAAAGUCAUGUUGGAGUCUCAUGAAAUCCAGAGCAAGAUCAUAUUCGAGGUGACAACCUUCUCAUCCCCCUCCUAUGGGAAAUUCUGCAACGAAACCCACCGGCUCGCGACGCUCCAGCUCGAGGCCGAACUCCGGAACUGGCGCUCGUGCUUCACUGAGUACGUAUCGGCCCAGAAGAGGUACGUCGAGGCCCUCUUUGGGUGGUUAUCCAAGUUCGUCGCCCCCGAGGUUGAGUUCUACUCGAGGGGGCGAGCCUCCGCGCCGCCGUGCCGGCUGAAUGGCCCUCCGCUGCUCGUGCUCUGCCACGACUGGGUAGAGUCGAUGAACAACUUGCCGGAGAAGGCCGUCUCGAUCGCGAUCCGGAGCUGCUCGAAGGACGUCAGAGUUCUGUGGCUUCAGCAAGGGGAGGAGCUGCUGCAGAAGAGGAAAGUGGACAGUCUAUCCAAGGAGUUGGAUAGGAAGACCUCGGCCUUCCGGAAGGCCGAGAACCGGAUGCUUGAGCUCCGGCUGAGCGACGAGGAGACGGGCCCGCUUGUCGAGGGCAAGGACGCGCUGGAGAGCCUGCGGAGACGGGCGGAUUUGGAGAAAGAGAAGCAUCGUAGCUGCAUGCUGGAGACUGAGAGAAUGACGUUGAGUGGUUUUAAGAGUGGUUUUGUUAGGGUUUUUGAGACAAUGACUGAAUUUUCGAGGGCUGCAUUGGAAAUGUAUAAUGAGUUGAUGGAGGUAGAGAAGAAAGGUGAGAGAUUUGGGAAACAAAGUUGUAUAGAGAGUAGUACAGAAGUAGAGAAUGGCAGUAGAUGACAUGAGAAGAAAAGAGCAUUGCUUGUUGUAAACUUGUAUUAGGCUUUUGAGUUUUAUAUUCUUGCAUAUUUAUGAUUCUGUCGAAGCAACUCGCUGAGACUUUAUUCCUUUAUGAAUUCUUGAUUUUCGCUUGA